ACCUCAGCUCAUAUCAACUAUGGACCCACGGAAUCAUCUUUGAAACUUUGUUAGCGAUGAUAAUUCAAUAUUCCCUUCAGGAGGCUCAAGCAGCAUAUUUUCACUUUUAAAGAUACUCCACCUUUUAUGUAACCACGCUCGGAAAAGAAGAAGAGAGUUUAAUGCAUAUAAAAUUAGUUGUUUGUCUAUCACGAAUGGUCUUUGAAACCCAUAGAAUUUCAUGGUUGUGAUUGUUUAUUAUGGCGGUCUCCAGUAUCAUACAGGUUCCUCGAGUUCUUCAUUUUCAACUCAUUGAUGGGAUGCAACUUCAGAUUAAUGUCUCCGGAUGUUCAACUAAGCGCAAUGCAAGAGUUGAAUUUCAGCUUAAAAACAGCACGAGAACUUGGAUUCUUCACUGGGGUUUUCUUUACCAUGGGAAUUUGAACUGGUAUAUCCCAUGUGGUGGAGAUUCCUCAGGGGUAAAAUCUUAUAAGCAAGGAGCACUGCAGACACCAUUUGUGAAGAAUGGAGACAUAUAUGUUCUAAAUAUUGAGUUGAGGGACCCCAAGAUUCACGCAAUUGAAUUUGUGUUGAAGGAUGGAAGUCGAGACAGAUGGUUGAAACUAAAUCAUAGAAAUUUCAGAGUUGAGAUUCCUGAAUAUGAUGCAAGUGAUCCGCUUCCAUCUAUACCGAAGGAUCUAAUUGGUCGGAAGGCAUAUCUAAUCUGGGAAGGUAGAGGUAGACCCCAAAACACGCCGGAACAGCAAAAGCAAGAUUACGCGGAUGCUUUAACAGAGCUUCAAAAUCAGCUUAGCAAGGGAAUAUCCUUGAAUGAGUUACAAAGCAGCUACAUGAAUGCAAGAACAGAACGAAAAAUACAGGAUGAUAGACAACCAUCUAGGUCUGUAACACCAUCAUCUUACCUUAGAAGACAUGAUGUCGAUAAGUGGUUGCAAAGGCAGUCUAAGGGACAUGAAAACAAGACUGGUCAAUCUUCAUCAACUUUUAUGGAUCUCGUAGAGAAAUCAGUUGGAGGAAAUAACGUGGUCUCGAAGCAAAAUCAUACUGUUGGCUACUAUGAAAUUGUGGUCCUUUCUAAAGUUGUAACCGGUGAUUAUCACAUACUGGUUGCUCUGAAUGUGAAAGGCACUGCAAUUCUUCACUGGGGAGUGUCUAAGUCAUCAGCUGGUGAAUGGCUGGCUCCUGCAUCAGAUAUGUUGCCUGAAAAGUCGAAAAUGGUUGUCGGAGCAUGUCAGACUUAUUUUACGGACAUGUCAGUCAGAGGAGGAUCCUUUCAGUUGGUAGAUAUUAAUUUGCAGAAGAGGAAUUUUGUUGGUAUUCAAUUUGUGAUAUGGUCCGGUGGGUCUUGGAUUAAAAACAAUGGGGCCAACUUCUAUGUACCCGAACAACCUGUGCUGCCAAGUGGGAAGGUUGAUGGACAUGGUAAAAGAAUUGUAAAAUGGUUGCUUGAUGAAAUAUCCCAAAGAGAAAAGGAGGCUGAGAGGUCCUUGAUGCAUAGGUUCAAUAUUGCAACAGAGUUGACAGAACGCUGUAAAGCUGAAGGAGAAUUAGGGCUUAUUGGUAUAUUAAUCUGGAUGAGGUUUAUGAGAUGCAGGCAUCUUACAUGGAACAAGAACUAUAAUGUGAAGCCUCGUGAAAUCAGUGAAGCUCAAGACAGAUUCACCAAUUUACUGCAACGAAUAUUUGUGAACCAGCCAAAUGACCGAGAGAUUGUGAGGCUAAUAAUGGCAUUUGUUGGACGUGGAGGUGAAGGUGAUGUUGGGCAGAGAAUUCGUGAUGAAAUAUUAACAAUUCAGAGAAAUAACGACUGCAAAGGGGCCAUGAUGGAGGAAUGGCACCAAAAGUUGCACAAUAAUAGUAGCCCGGAUGAUGUGGUUAUUUGUGAGGCACUAUUAAACUAUUUGAAAUCUGGUUUUAAACUUGAUCUUUAUUGGAAAACAUUGCAUGCACAUGGUCUCACAAAGGAAAAACUUGCAAGUUAUGACCGUCCAAUUGUUUCAGAGCCUCAUUUCAGAACUGAUGCAAAAGAAGGUCUCAUCCGUGAUCUUACUAUGUACUUAAAGACAUUGAAGGCUGUACAUUCUGGUGUAGAACUUGAAUCCGCUAUUGAAAGUUGUAUGGCUCCCUCCUUCAAGAAUCAAGGUUUUGCAACAGCAGAUAGAGCUCACGUGUAUACUGGUUUAUCACUGAAGUUGCAGGACUGCUUGAACUUUGUCAAAAUUCAUAUUGGUGAUGAGCGCAUUGGCCCUUUAAUGGAGAAAUUACUGGAAUCCCGCAUUGAGAUUCGCCCUCUUCUGCUAACACAUCAUAGAUUGGCAAAAGAGCUGCUAUUCCUUGAUCUUGCUUUGGCUUCAGCUGUUAGAACAACCAUGGAAAGGGGACUUAAAGAUCUUAACUUCGCACACCCGCCAGAAAUCAUGUUCUUCAUUUCCUUGGUGCUUGAAAGUUUGUGCCUGUCCAUGGUCAAGAAUGAAGAUCUCAUUUACUGUACUAAGGACUGGUAUCGUGUCUCUGAAUCAUACAAACCCGGUGAUGCUCAGUGGGCAUUACAAACAAAGGCUAUUCUUGAUCGACUGCAAAUAGUAAUUUCUGACAGGGCUGUCGACCACCAAAAUAAGAUCCAGCCUAGUGCUGAAUAUCUUGGAAAUUUGCUUGGCAUUGGGAAGCCAGCUCAAGAUAAUUUUGCAGAAGAAUUAACAAGAGCAGGAUCUGGAGCUGUUCUUUCCAAGCUCAUUAAUCGUUUUGACCCCAUUCUCAGAAAAGUUGCUAAUUUAGGAUGUUGGCAGGUUAUCAGUCCAGUCGAAGUUUGUGGAUUUGUAACUUCAAUGAAUGAGCUUAUUACUGUUCAGAACAAAGUUUACCGAAAGCCAACUGUUAUUAUUGCAACUAGAGUAACAGGAGAAGAGGAGAUUCCGGACGGAGUUGUUGCAGUGUUGACAUCUGAUACACCAGAUGUCCUGUCUCAUGUGUCUAUUAGAGCCAGAAAUAAUAAGAUAUGCUUUGCCACAUGCUUCGAUCAAAAUACAUUCCGGAUUCUCAAGUUGAAGGAAGGACGUGCCGUAUCUAUACAACUUAAGUCCUCAAAUUUGAUAGUCAGUGAUGUCAGUGGCUCUAACUUAUCUCUAAGUUCCCUUAUUCCCUUACUUUCUCGACGAGUGACCAUUAAAAGAAAGAACUUCUGUGGGAAAUAUGCUCUUUCACUCGAAGAAUUCACUGCUGAAAUGGUUGGCGCCAAAUCUAGUAAUAUAAAAUUUUUAAGGGGAAGGGUGCCAUCAUGGAUCAGGAUCCCAAUGUCAGUUGCAAUACCGUUUGGAGCUUUUGAAACUGUGCUAUCACUAGAUGCUAAUAAGGAUAUAUCAAACAAGAUUAUCCUACUUAGCAAAUUAGUUCAUGGUGGUGAUGUUUCCAAAAUUCAAGAAAUAAAAGGAGCUAUUCAACAAAUGAGUGCUCCUGUAUCUUUGACCACUGAAGUUACGAACAAAAUGAAAAGUGCUAGAAUGCCAUGGCCUGAUCAUGGGGGUGAGGACCGAUGGAACCAAGCUUGGCAAGCCAUAAAGAAGGUUUGGGCUUCAAAGUGGAAUGAAAGAGCAUAUGUUAGUUGUAAGAAAGGUAAACUUAAUCAUGAGGACCUUCGCAUGGCUGUACUGAUUCAAGAAGUCCUUUGUGGUGAUUAUGCUUUCGUUAUUCACACAAAAAACCCGUUAUCAGGGGACACCUCGGAAAUAUAUGCAGAGAUUGUGAAAGGCUUGGGAGAGACGUUGGUGGGUGCAUAUCCCGGACGCGCUAUGAGCUUCGUUGCGAAAAAGAACAACCUGAAAUGUCCUAUAGUUACCGGUUAUGCAAGCAAGAAAAUAGGGCUCUAUUGUAAGCCGACUAUCAUUUUUCGUUCCGACUCGAAUGGCGAAGAUCUCGAGGGAUUUGCAGGGGCUGGGCUUUAUGACAGUGUACUUAUGGAUGAAGAAGAAAGCAUGGUUUUGGAUUAUUCCAUUGAUCCAAUGAUAGUUAACAAAGCUUUCCAGACCUCAAUCUUGUCAAAAAUUGCAGAGGCGGGUAAGAUUAUAGAAACCCUUUAUGGAUGUCCGCAGGACAUUGAAGGAGUGGUGAAAGAUGGAAUGAUUUAUGUUGUUCAAGCAAGACCACAAGUCUGACAUUUUAGUUUCAAUCUGAGAAUAUAUAUAUAUAUAUAUAUAGAGAGAGAGAGA